GUCAUUUCUUCGAGAUUAAUCGGACAAAGGAGAAAGAGGAGCAAAAGACAAGAAAGAAGAAAAACACAGUUCAGAGAAAAAGUUAUGGCUGUCGGGAUAAACGCGAUGCCGGUGACGUUUGUGGCGCACGCGCUCGCGGUGAUCGCGGCGAUUAUGGUGCUGGUUUGGAGUAUCAGCUACAGAGGUGGAUUAGCCUGGGAAGCUAAAAACAAGAAUCUCAUCUUCAAUCUGCAUCCUGUUCUGAUGCUCAUCGGAUUUAUAAUCUUGGGAGGAGAAGCAAUUAUAAGUUACAAAUCCCUUCCGUUGGAGAAACCAGUAAAGAAGUUGAUCCACCUUGUUCUCCAUGCCAUUGCUCUGGCUCUUGGGAUCUGGGGAAUCUGCGCAGCCUUCAAGAACCACAACGAAAGUGGAAUCCCUAAUCUCUACAGCCUCCACUCCUGGAUUGGUAUUGGUGUCAUUUCUCUUUAUGCCUUCCAGUGGGUGUACAGCUUCAUAGUGUUCUUCUUCCCAGGAGGAUCGUCGAAUCUGAGAAGCGGAUUGCUUCCGUGGCACGCAAUGCUCGGCCUAUUUGCUUAUAUACUUGCUGUUGGGAACGCAGCAUUAGGGUUUCUGGAGAAGCUGACUUUCUUGGAGAAUGGAGGGCUUGACAAGUACGGAUCCGAGGCAUUUCUUGUGAACCUCACGGCCAUUGUCACCAUUCUCUUUGGUGCCUUUGUGGUACUCACUGUUUCGGCCAAGUCUCCUUCCCCUUCCCCCUCCACUGACGAUGAGACUAACUACAGCUACUCUGCUAUAUGA